AUGUUUGCGGGUUAUUUGCCGGAUCGUCGAAAAAAGAAAGAUGACGAGGCAAAAAUUAUGGAUGAAGAUGGUGAAAUUGUAAAUGAAGAAGAGUAUGAGCAGAAAAGAAUCAUGAAUCAACAACGGAGUUUGCAGAACUUGAAAGAUGAAGAUAGAAGAAAAUCGGAAAUCAAAGAAUCUUUAGAAUAUCGACCAUGUGCUCCAGAUUCAUAUUCAGACGAUUCUGAAGAGCUUGAAAUGCCAGCAAUCAAACUUCCAGCAAGAUAUACACGAAAAGAAGUGCAAUCAGUUAUGCCACAGAAUAAAAGCUGGAAACAAAAAAGAAUGGAACAAAUGAGAAAUUCAGAAGUGAAACCAGAAGUUGGCUCAAGUUAUGGCUCAUUUCCAAGUGGAAGUUCAAAAAGAUCAAGUGAUGAAGAGUAAGUUUUAGGGAUUUUGAUUUUUUUUUGGUAAUUUUUAUAAAUAAAUAAAUGUUUUUGCAGGAAACCUGAUAUCUGGAGCAAAAAUAAAAAAAGAAACCGAUCAAGAUCAAGAGAACGGGAAUCUUUUCCAGAUAAGAAGAAGCAAAAGAAAAAGCAUAAGAGGCGAUAUCAUUAUUCAUCAUCUUCUGAUUCUUCAUCUUCUGGAUCUUCCCGAUCUCGCUCAAAAUCCUAUCGAAAAUCUUCUCCAACUCCUCAAGUGAAAGCUGCCCCAAAACAAAAAUGGUCUUUUAUUUCUGAUGAAGAAUUUCGGCAUUUGCAUCUUACAUAUUUUGGAUCUUGGAUUCAAACAAGUCGACAACAAGACUUUGAUAAUGUUCAAUUAGGAAUGCCGAAACGAGAAAUGCCCAAAUAUCGGAAUAAUUUUAGGUUUAUUGAGGGACUCGAAACGAAAUCAGAUGAUAGGAAUAAAUUUUAUGUAAGACUUUUAUAAUUUGGAGUUUCAGAAAUCUAUGUGCUCACAGAAGUUUCUGACAAUUUUUGUCGUUGUCGAUUCUUCAUUUCAAAACAUAAUUUCAUUCCAGAAAUACUUCUCUGAAGAGUUUCCCGAAAAAGCAAAAGAGAUCAUGAAAAAGGAAAAGGAAAAACCAUUUUAUGCGCAAUUAUUGAGUUUGGCAAAACAUGUUCCACAAGAAACGAAAUUCAGGAAAAAAUUUUGGAGUACUGAUAGUGAAUUUGGAUUUGUUCCGCUUUCCCAGGAACCAUUGGAGGCAUUUGAAUAUCAGGUAAGAAGAUCUGAAAAGAAUUUGAUAUAUAUUUACAUUUUUUGCAGUCUGAACAAUCUGCAAAACUGAAAAUGAGAUCUGAAAUCGAAGACGAGUUCAGAGCAAAAAGAGUUUAUGAUUAUGAUGAUUCACUCAUAAAAUCAAUAACUGACCUGGAAACUCGUGGAAAAGCAAUCAAUAUGCAAUUAUCUCAAGAACCACAAAAUGUUAAUUUAUGGAUUGAUUUUAUUGAUCUUCAAGAUAAGAUUUAUGAGGCGAAAAAGAUCCAUGCUAUUUGCGAUUCGAGAAAGUCAUUUUUGGAGAGAAAAUAUGAAAUUUUGGCGAGAGCAAUUGAAAGGAAUCGAGCAAAUGUGCAAUUGCAAUUGAUGAAGAUUGAUUUAUUGAUUGAAAUGCAACAAAGUUCCGAAACUGUUUUGGUGGAAUUCAAAAGAGUUACACAUAAUUUCCCGCAUAUUCCAUUGGCUUGGAAUAAGUUUUUGGAUUAUGUUCAAUUUGAUAGUAAUGUGUAUACAUUUUCGAAAAUGGUGAGAUUUUUGGGGAGAAAUGUUUUUUUUUCUCACUUUUAAAGCUGAAAUUUCUGUCCCUAAAAACUUUUGUCACGUUGAAUUUUGCUAUUUUUCAUUUUUUCAUUAGAAAAAAUCCACUGUUUCAAAAAUUUUAAAUAAAUGUUGAAUUGAAAAUUAUUAGUAUUACUUGACAAGUCCGAACAAAUCAGAAAAAAAAUUCCUAGAAAUUUUAAAGAUAUUAUCCGGCAAAAACUACCGAUAAAUAGAUUCCUGGAAAUUUCUUGCCACGUGGAUUUUUUCCAAAAUUUUGCCAUUGAAACAUUUAAAAAAUUCACUGUUUCAAAAAAUUCAGAUAAAUUUUGAACUAAUUCUUUUUUUUAAUGAUCCAUGCCAUUUUCUUGACCUAAAUUGUUUCUUGAAAAUUUAUCUCGAAUCAAUUCUAGAUUUUUUGAAAAAAAAAAUGUUGCCACGUCAUAGCUUUUUUCGCUAGAAAAUUCUGUUCUGACAUGACACACCUGAAUUUUUGCCCAUACUUUUUGCGCUUCGAAAAUUCAGAAAAAUUCCCUAAAACUUUGCACAUGAAAUUUAAAUUUUGCUCAAAAAAAAUGAACAUUUUCCACGUGGAAGCUUUGCAAAAUUUUUCCACAUAAAUAUUUCAAAAAUUCACUGUUUCAAAAAAAUCAGAUAAAUUUUGAACUGAUUCAUAUUAUCAAUGUUCCAGUUGAUAUACUUGACCUAAAUUGUUUCUUAAAAAUUUAUCUCGAAUCAAUUCUACAUUUUUUGAAAAGAAAUUUUGCCACGUCAUAGCUUUUUUCGCUAGAAAAUUCUACUCUGACAUGACAAACCUGACAUCUUGCCCAUACUUUUUGCGCUUCGAAAAUUUCGAAAAAUUCCCUAAAACUUUGCACAUGAAAUUUAAAUUCAGCUAAAAAUGGAAUAUUUGCCACGUGAAAUUUUGCUAUCAGAAAUCCAAAAAUUUCUAUUUCCAAAAUUCACUGUUUCAAAUCUACCUUUUUAAUAAAUAUUCAUUUUCAAUUCUCCAGUUAAUUUCCUUGACCUUAUUUUUUGCCACAUGAAAGCUCUCCAAAAAUUUGACAUCAAAAUAUUUUAAAAAUUCACUGUUUCAAAAAUUUAGAAUACAUUUUAAACUUAUUCAUUUUUUCAAUGAUUUCACAUAAAGUUUAAGUUUUCCCGAUAUUUUUCUAAAUCUUCUUAUUUUCAGGAAAGCAUAUUCGACAAUUGUUUGGAAAAACUGCGUGGUUUAGUUGAUGGAACUCUUCAAUCUCAUGUUCCUUUAAUAACCGACCAUUUAUAUAUAAGAAAAUAUCAACUUUUUGUAUAUAUUCGAUAUUUAAAAUGGCUCAUGAAUUGUGGUUGUGUUUCUCAUGCAAUUGCAAAUAUUCAAGCAACUUUUGAAAUUAAUUUCGGAUAUGGUUUGAAUGAAAUUGGAUUGAAAACACAUCGAGAACGAAUGAAUUUGAUCAAGACAUUUUGGAAGACGAAAUUGCCGAGAAUUGGAGAUAAAGAUGCGAGAGGAGCGAUUCGAGAAUUGGAAAGAGCCAAACAAUUGUCAGAAAAUGAUAUCGAAAAAAUGGAAUUUGAACAAUAUGAUAUUGAUUUGUAUGGAAUGAAAAAUGAGAUUGAUAAUCAGUUGAGAAGAAAUGAUCGAAGUUGGGCUGAAAAUUGGGUGAAUUUCGAGAGGAAUAUGGCGAAUUUUGAGGCCAGAUGUAAAAGGAAUCCGGUUGAAAUUUAUGCAGCAGAAUAUCAAGACGAAUUGGGUUAUGUUGAGGUCGGUUUUUCUUUUAUUUGGGAAAUAAUUAAAGGAAUUUGCGGAAAAGUCAAAAUUUAAGCACAAAACCUGAUUUUCUAUUAAAAAACCUAGAAUUUCGAACAAAAAAUUCGGGAAAAUUGUCUCUAAAUCAAAUUUUUUCCAAAAAUAAUUCAUUUUUUCAGCUCAGCCCGCCAGUCGAAAGUGAAGAACUCCGAAUUUAUUAUCAUCCACCUGAUGAAACAGAAUUUGAUUUUGUUCAGCCGCUUCUCGAACUUCUCGGAUCGAAAUUCUCGGUUUCGGUGAGUUUUUUCGAUGUAACUCAAAUUAUUAGGAUAUUUAAAUCUAUAAAAAGAAAUAUCAAAAAGAUGAUAUUUUUGAAAAUACAAAUAUUUUAGUUGAAACAGUAGAUUUUUUAGAAAAAAACUUUACAAAUAUUUUUUUUCGUCGAAGAAUUUCAAAAGAGAAAUUAAAACCAGUUCAUUUUUAGUUCUCUAAUUUUUUUUUGAAACAGUAGAAUUUUUUGAAUUUUCCAAAUUUUCAGACAAAUUAUUGGUGUACCAGCGAAGAAUUGUUCGAAUCUUGGCGAGACGCGGAUCCUGAAAAUCAAUUCAAUUUCGAUCGAAUUCCCACAUACACUGAAAAUUUCUGUCGAAAAUUGGCCACAAAUAUCAUUGAUUAUUUGGUGAGAUAUGAAUUCAUCGUAAAUCGAGCCCGAAAAAUUCCACAAGAAAAAGUGAUGAAAUUAUUGAUUGCCUCGAUUUUGACGAAAUCAUCGAAUAUGGAAAGAAAUCGAGAAAAUGAGAUUUGGAAGUUGCAGCCGAAAGAGUUGAAAAUUAUGUUGAAUGAGGUUUUGACACCGUAUGGAAGUAUUAUUCAAGAAAAUCCGAUUAUUGGAAAAGUUUUGCCACUUUUUGCUGUCAAAAAGGUAGGCGCAUUUUCAAAAUUUCUAUUAAAUAAAGAAUCUGCGUUCGGGGGGAAUCGAACCCCCGUCGAAUGCUUGGAAGGCAUCCAUGCUGACCAUUACACCACGAACGCGAUAUGAAAAUUAUUGAAGAAAUUUCGGAGAUAUCAAAACUGUGUAUUUGGAAAUCGUGAAAAUAACCGGUUUUUGCGAGAAAAUCCGAUAUCCAAUGUAGUUUUGAUAUCUCCGAAAUUUCUGCAAUAAUUUUCAUAUCGCGUUCGUGGUGUAAUGGUCAGCAUGGAUGCCUUCCACAGCGAAAUUCUGGUAUAUGUGCGGCAGGUGUGCGGCAGAUAUCCCGAGGUUGGCAUGACUUCCGCAGGAGUGCGGCAGAAGUUGUGGAAUUUUGGCAGAUCUGCCGCAGGUCUGCCAAGAUAUUUUUCACUUUUUUGUAUUAUAAUGAAAAGAAUGCCCAUAAGUUGAGAGUAUGGUGGAAUUUUAAUUGAUUAUUUGUAUAAAAUAGAUACAUAAGUUGACCUAAUAUGGAGAAAAAUUUAUGGCUCGUAGGAUUUUUCAAAUGUAACAUGCAAUUUUCAUUAGAAGUCGCAAAAUUACCUCACUACAUAGUUUCGGAUUAUUUCCAACUUCGACACAAGUCGACACAAUGAAGAGAAUAUUUGAAUUUUAUUGUUUUGAAAUUAAUCAGAAGACAGGACGAUAAAAUAAUUGCAACGUUUUUCCAAAAAAAUAUCUAGAUAUUCGAAGGGCUCUUAUAUUGGCCUAAUACGGUUCUCAAUUUUUUGAAAACUCCAAGACAAUUUUCUAAUAGUCUUAAAAUGUCCCGGGAACUCACUGAAUUUUUUUUAAGCCAGGGGAAAUUUUCUAAAGGCCUUAGAGUGGCCCGGGAACUCACUGAAUUUUUUUUGAGAUCGUGAAAAAUUUCUAAAGGCCUUAGAGUGGCCCGGGAACUCACUGAAUUUUUUUAAGCCUGGGGAAAAUUUCUAAAGGCCUUAGAGUGGCCCGGGAACUCACUGAAUUUUUUAAGCCUGGGGAAAAUUUCUAAAGGCCUUAGAGUGGCCCGGGAACUGACUGAAUUUUUUUUUAGCCUGGGGAAAAUUUCUAAAGGCCUUAGAGUGGCCCGGGAACUCACUGAAUUUUUUUAAGCCUGGGGAAAAUUUCUAAAGGCCUUAGAGUGGCCCGGGAACUCACUGAAUUUUUUUUGAGAUCGUGAAAAAUUUCUAAAGGCCUUAGAGUGGCCCGGGAACUCACUGAAUUUUUUUAAGCCUGGGGAAAAUUUCUAAAGGCCUUAGAGUGGCCCGGGAACUGACUGAUUUUUUUUGAGAUCGUGAAAAAUUUCUAAAGGCCUUAGAGUGGCCCGGGAACUGACUGAAUUUUUUUUAAGCCUGGGGAAAAUUUCUAAAGGCCUUAGAGUGGCCCGGGAACUCACUGAAUUUUUUAAGCCUGGGGAAAAUUUCUAAAGGCCUUAGAGUGGCCCGGGAACUCACUGAAUUUUUUUUAAGCCUGGGGAAAAUUUCUAAAGGCCUUAGAGUGGCCCGGGAACUGACUGAAUUUUUUUUUAGCCUGGGGAAAAUUUCUAAAGGCCUUAGAGUGGCCCGGGAACUCACUGAAUUUUUUUAAGCCUGGGGAAAAUUUCUAAAGGCCUUAGAGUGGCCCGGGAACUCACUGAAUUUUUUUAAGCCUGGGGAAAAUUUCUAAAGGCCUUAGAGUGGCCCGGGAACUCACUGAAUUUUUUUAAGCCUGGGGAAAAUUUCUAAAGGCCUUAGAGUGGCCCGGGAACUCACUGAAUUUUUUUUAAGCCUGGGGAAAAUUUCUAAAGGCCUUAGAGUGGCCCGGGAACUCACUGAAUUUUUUUUAAGCCUGGGGAAAAUUUCUAAUGGGGUGAGUCAAUCGAAUUAAUCGACGUUUCUUGGCAAAAAAUGCGAUUAAUUGCAUAAAAAAUAGAAUUUAUUUGACCUAUAUUUUAAAACGUGGCCUAUAUUAGUUGGAUUUAUCAACAAAAAAAUUUCUUCUCUCAUUUUUCUCUCAUUUCGAAAUGAAUUUUAAAAAAUAAGCAGUGAAUUUGGAAAACGUUUCAAAAAAGAGGUCAAAUAAAUUCUAUUUCGUAUCGCAAUUCCUCAUUUUUGAAUGCAAUUAAUUGCAAAAAAAGAUGGAAUUAAUCAACAAAAACGUGAAAAAAUCGCACAAAAAAAAACUCGCGUCAAAAAAUAAAAUUGACUCACCCCAUAAUAGUAAUAAAAUGGCUCGAGAAGUCACUAAAUUUUUUAUUAACAGGUUAAUUUUGAAAAAAAGGUUCUUCACAGUGUAAAUUUUUGCUUGAAAAAUCUGUGCUGUGUUAAAUUUUGAAUAUUUUGAAAUUUUUCAGCAAAAAAUCUGCUGAAAAUCGAAGUACUUUUUUCGUGAUAAAUACUCUAUCUUAGAAAUUUGCAAAAUAAGCAUCAGAAUAGUUUUCUCAUGAUUUCGGCUUCAGAAAAGUCCAUUCAGAUGUAAUAAACAAUUUUCGGAGUAAAUGGAGUCGUGAAUACUUCUUGCAACCAAAUUCUUGUAUUUUGCGAGCCUAGCAAUAUUAUUUUUAGGUGUCAAUUCAUAACCAUUUUGUUCAGAACGAGAUUUUGCGUCGCAUAGUUUAGAUAACUUUUUGCGAAAACUAACGUGUUCUGUUCACGUAAAUAAAACCGAAACAAAGGCGCACACAAUAAUUCAGAAAGGUCCCACACGGAAACGCGCUUGUGUGUACUUCUCCCGGACAAUUUACAAAAUUUUUUUCUUUUUUUUUUGCUUUCUGCUGUUGUUUUGUUUUUAUGUGUUUAUUAAUGAAAAUGUAGAGGUAAAUUACGAAAUGUUAGAUUUCUAAUCAGCCUUUCAAGUUAGUUUAACAAUAUUAGGUCUAUAAAAUUUCAUAGAGCUCAUCAGAUAACCGACUAAUUCGAUUUAUUCAUCUGAACUUGAUAAUUGACAAGAGGACGGAAUUGCUGUCAUACCAGUCCUACCCGAUGUUGUUUAACGACAGUUUAAUUAGUUCAUUGAACCUGAAUCACCCUCAAAAAUCUAUAAUUUGAUGCCUGACACCGGAGAAGAAGUAGAAAAACUGAAAAAGCGCAGAAAUGAGCAAAAUAGAAAAACAGGCAUUUCAGUUUUUCUUCAGCUGAUAGGACAAUUAGGACAGCCAUUCCCUUUCUUGAGGUAACCUGUAAACCAGUUGAAAGCUUGUUCGGAUUCUUAAAUUCUAUUACAAUAAAUGUCUAAUUCGUCUUUGAAAUGUUUCCACAUUUCCCUCGAGAGAACUUUUAUCGUUCUUUGGUGAGAAAUGGUAUUUAUGAAAAUAGGUUUAAGUUGCCUAUUCAGUGUCGAAAUUUGUUGUAAGUAGACUUUUGGAGCCACUCUUCAGCUAAAUUGUUAUGUCCUUUAGAAUGAAUAUAGUUACAAAUAACUUCGAGGUCAAAAAUAAUGAACUUUCUUUCAUAUUUUCAUUUAUUUUCUAUGCAAAUUGUUCUUCUCUUAGUGUUCUGUCAAUAUAUUCUUUCAGGAGUUACAAUCAACAAUCUCAGGAUUUGCGGAAAGCGGGAAAAAUCAUGGUACGUCUUUUUUUGUGAUUUUAAAAUUUGAGAAAUUUUGAAUCCUCUAUCCGUAAAGUUUGAUUAUUCACUUGAAUGUAAAAGUUUGGUUAUUCACUCAAAAUUUCAGAAUAUUUUGACAUUUCUGGCGUCUAUAUUUGCUCACCAGUGUUUUAGGUGUCCCGGGAGAUUUUCAAUAAGAAAUGUACCUUCGUAAAUAUACAGUUUCACUCUGAGCCCUUUUGUCAGUGUUUGUCUGAAGAGCAUAAUACCUAAGCUAAUUAGCCAAAUGUUUUACUUUUCGGACAAACACUGACAGUCAGUUUAGCAGCAAUUUGUUCAUCUUCGUUGUCGUUUAUUUUUCUAGAGAAAUUCUUAACAUAACAAACCCCAGCCAAUCCGUUUUAGGCUAGGAUACUGAAAAAAUAAUGAAAUUUCAGUUUCUGAAAGCACAGCUCGGCCAAAAUCGUGGUUUCCGAAAUAAACAAUUGUACGCUAACUUAUAGGCCUUUAGAAAUUUUUCACGAUCUCAAAAAAAAUUCAGUGAGUUCCCGGGCCACUCUAAGGCCUUUAGAAAUUUUCCCCAGGCUUAAAAAAAUUCAGUGAGUUCCCGGGCCACUCUAAGGCCUUUAGAAAUUUUCCCCAGGCUAAAAAAAAAUUCAGUCAGUUCCCGGGCCACUCUAAGGCCUUUAGAAAUUUUCCCCAGGCUUAAAAAAAAUUCAGUGAGUUCCCGGGCCACUCUAAGGCCUUUAGAAAUUUUCCCCAGGCUUAAAAAAAAUUCAGUCAGUUCCCGGGCCACUCUAAGGCCUUUAGAAAUUUUCCCCAGGCUUAAAAAAAUUCAGUCAGUUCCCGGGCCACUCUAAGGCCUUUAGAAAUUUUCCCCAGGCUUAAAAAAAAUUCAGUGAGUUCCCGGGCCACUCUAAGGCCUUUAGAAAUUUUCCCCAGGCUUAAAAAAAAUUCAGUCAGUUCCCGGGCCCCUCUAAGGCCUUUAGAAAUUUUCCCCAGGCUUAAAAAAAUUCAGUGAGUUCCCGGGCCACUCUAAGGCCUUUAGAAAUUUUCCCCAGGCUUAAAAAAAUUCAGUCAGUUCCCGGGCCACUCUAAGGCCUUUAGAAAUUUUCCCCAGGCUUAAAAAAAUUCAGUGAGUUCCCGGGCCACUCUAAGGCCUUUAGAAAUUUUCCCCAGGCUUAAAAAAAAAUUCAGUCAGUUCCCGGGCCCCUCUAAGGCCUUUAGAAAUUUUCCCCAGGCUUAAAAAAAAUUCAGUCAGUUCCCGGGCCACUCUAAGGCCUUUAGAAAUUUUCCCCAGGCUUAAAAAAAUUCAGUGAGUUCCCGGGCCACUCUAAGGCCUUUAGAAAUUUUCCCCAGGCUUAAAAAAUUCAGUCAGUUCCCGGGCCACUCUAAGGCCUUUAGAAAUUUUCCCCAGGCUUAAAAAAAUUCAGUCAGUUCCCGGGCCACUCUAAGGCCUUUAGAAAUUUUCCCCAGGCUUAAAAAAUUCAGUGAGUUCCCGGGCCACUCUAAGGCCUUUAGAAAUUUUCCCCAGGCUUAAAAAAAAUUCAGUCAGUUCCCGGGCCCCUCUAAGGCCUUUAGAAAUUUUCCCCAGGCUUAAAAAAAUUCAGUCAGUUCCCGGGCCACUCUAAGGCCUUUAGAAAUUUUCCCCAGGCUUAAAAAAAUUCAGUCAGUUCCCGGGCCACUCUAAGGCCUUUAGAAAUUUUCCCCAGGCUUAAAAAAUUCAGUCAGUUCCCGGGCCACUCUAAGGCCUUUAGAAAUUUUCCCCAGGCUUAAAAAAAUUCAGUCAGUUCCCGGGCCACUCUAAGGCCUUUAGAAAUUUUCCCCAGGCUUAAAAAAAUUCAGUGAGUUCCCGGGCCACUCUAAGGCCUUUAGAAAUUUUCCCCAGGCUUAAAAAAAAUUCAGUCAGUUCCCGGGCCCCUCUAAGGCCUUUAGAAAUUUUCCCCAGGCUUAAAAAAAUUCAGUCAGUUCCCGGGCCACUCUAAGGCCUUUAGAAAUUUUCCCCAGGCUUAAAAAAUUCAGUGAGUUCCCGGGCCACUCUAAGGCCUUUAGAAAUUUUCCCCAGGCUUAAAAAAUUCAGUCAGUUCCCGGGCCCCUCUAAGGCCUUUAGAAAUUUUCCCCAGGCUUAAAAAAUUCAGUCAGUUCCCGGGCCACUCUAAGGCCUUUAGAAAUUUUCCCCAGGCUUAAAAAAAUUCAGUGAGUUCCCGGGCCACUCUAAGGCCUUUAGAAAUUUUCCCCAGGCUAAAAAAAUUCAGUCAGUUCCCGGGCCACUCUAAGGCCUUUAGAAAUUUUCCCCAGGCUUAAAAAAUUCAGUGAGUUCCCGGGCCACUCUAAGGCCUUUAGAAAUUUUCCCCAGGCUUAAAAAAAUUCAGUCAGUUCCCGGGCCACUCUAAGGCCUUUAGAAAUUUUCCCCAGGCUUAAAAAAAAUUCAGUGAGUUCCCGGGCCCCUCUAAGGCUUUUAGAAAAUUUUCCCGAGCUCUGUCUGCUAAAAAUAGAAAUAAAGAAGUAAAUCAUUAAAAAUAUUUUCAGACUUCCAUAACCUUCCGCCCAUUUCUUCUCAUUCUUCAUCUUUUUUAGGUCAGUUUACUUAUGUAUUUUUCCGUAAUUACAAAAACCGUAGUUUUUUCAUCAACGUUUUUACAGAAACUUCACACAGGAUUCAGCAACUUGGGCGAAUUCGAGGAGGAUAUCAAUUGCGGGUAAUUUUUUGUUAUUUUUUGAAAAUUUUCGCGCAAAAACUUUAAUUUUCGAAUUUUGAAUUUUGAAAGCACAGAAGUCUUGAAUGUUCAACAAAAAAUGACCUAAAAAUCAAAAAUCAGGUUUGAUUUUUCAAGAUUUCCUGAUUUUUGGCCCCAAACUUUCCGAAUUUUCUUUUACAAGAGGCUCACCCAUCACCCAUUAUCUCGGAAAAAUAACAGCCCGUUAUUUUUUUUAACAUUUGGAAAUUCAAAUUUUUGUUUGGGAUAAUCGAGCUUUUACAAUUUUGCCAUAUCGAAAUUCAGGUCUAAGACCUGGUCUUUAUGACCAUCUAGAAGUUCACCCGCGCUUCAGAAAAAUUCAGAGACUUCUCAAGCUAUUAUAAGACCAUUUAGAAAUUUGCCCCAGGCUUCAAAAAAAAAUUCUGCUGCUCAAAAAGCCAAAAUUAAUGUCACUCUAUUUUUGUUUUCAGAGAAACGACUUCACCUAUCAAUCAAACAAUAAUCAGUCACCCGCAUCACCUACAUACCCGAGGAUCUUCUAAUUAUUACAUUUUUAUAUGUUUAAUAAAUAUUGUUAGUGAAAUCAAGAUAGUUUAACUAAUUGCGAUGAAAAAUACUAAGCAGAGCGGAAAAUUUGAUUAAAAGCUGCGACAUGCCUGCCGCACUUCUGCCGGCAGGUCCUGCCGGCAUGUACCUCACAGUACUACCGCAGAUUCGACCUCGGCAGGAGUUCGGCAGGACUGCGGCAGAUCUACCAGAAUUUCGCUGUGUCCAAGCAUUCGACGGGGGUUCGAUUCCCCCCGAACGCAGAUUUUGGAGAAUUUUGAAUUGAAAAAUUUUUCUGAAUUUCGAAACUUAAUUUCCAACAUCAUUGUCGUGAAUCUUAAUACAUUUCUAAAAUUAUCCCAGCUCAAAUGUUUUCUAUGAAACAGUGAAAUUUUUUUGAAUUCAGAUUUCAAAAUUUUUAUUCUAAAACGUUUUUGAAACAGUGAAAUUUUGAAAAUACAUUUCAAAUUUUUAAAUCACUUCUAACUGCCAAAAAAAUAGUCAAUUCAAAUUUUUAUCUCAAACCCUAUCUAAUUAUUCAUUUUCCAGUACCUCGAAUGGUAUCGAAUUGCAAAACAAAAAAUGGCAGCAAUCAAAUUGGAAAUCGAAAAUUGUAAACAGCGACGAGUUCUCACCUCAUUAUAUUUGGACGAAGACGAUGAGAAACGAAUGAAUAGACAGAUUGUGAAAACUGUUCAUAAGAUUUUGCAAGAGUUUUCGCCAUUGUGGACUCAAGGAUCGAGUCAAAUUGGACCCAAUGUUUCAUUGGCUGAUAUUCAAAUUCAUCUUUUUGCUGUUUUGUUGAGAUUGAAUGUGAGUUUUUGGGGAAUGUUUGGGGAGAAAAAAGAAGCUACUGAUAUUUUCAAGAAAAAUUUUUUCGCGUCAAAAAAAAUUAGAAAAAAAUUCACUGUUUCAAAAAUUGUUUUUAAGAAUUUGAAAGUUUUCAAUAAAUAAUAAUGAUGACGCUUCAUUGGUUAUUUUUUGAGAGAAAAAAUUCCUCGUGGAUUUUUUGGCUUCAGAAAAGAUUAUUUUUUGAUAUUUUCGGCUUCGGAAGAAAAUUGGAAUUUGGAAAAGGUUCUGAGAAUUUUUGGGGAUGAAGCUACUGAUAUUUUCAAAAAAUGGGUUUUUGCGUCAAAAAAAAUUAUAAAAAAAAUUCACUGUUUCAAAAAUUGUUUUUAAAAAUUAUAAAUUUUUCAAUGAAUGAUAUUGAUGUGCUUGUAAUAUUUCUAGAAGCAUAGAAACACAUAUUGAUCAGAUCAAGUUUACUUCCCCUUAAAAAUCCCUUGGUUUUUUUCGCAGAUGACCUCCUCAACACAACGUGAAUUAUGUUUGACAAUUCUGGCACCCCAAAUUCUCGAAGUUCCUCUCGACCAAAUCGAUAUGCAAAAUAUUGAACUCAUCAAAACAGCCAUUUUCAAAUUGAGAGACACAAUGGAACUACGCGAGAAAAGAGAGCAAUUUUCAAUGAUUUCGGUUUUGCCGAAACCAAGUGUUGUUUGUCGAUGUUUUGAAGCGAUUUUGAAGUUCACUAUGCGUAAGUUUUCACUGUUUCAAAAUAUUAUGAGAUUAAUUUUGGGCAAUUUCUAUAAUUGAUACAUGGGUUCAUAGUUAAAAAAACAAAGUAUCAACAUUUUUCAAAGAAAAAGUUAAACAGCCUUUAUCUGUAAAAUUAUUAGUAUAUUUCUAGUGAUUUAAUAAAAAUUUCUAGCAAUUUUUAUAUUAAGUGGUCACAAUUUUGCACUGGGAAAUUUCGAAAAUUUCACUGUUUUAAAAUAUUUUAAAAUUAUUUUAUACCUAUUUUUGAUAAUACGUGAGGCUAAUUUCCCCGGUUUUGAAAAAGAAACAUUUUUUGAGUCAUCAUGAGAAUCUGGAAUGAAAAAAGUUCAUUUUCCAAAAAUUAUAUUUUUACAGUCGGAACUGGAGAAAAUGAGAAGAUAGAAAUUGGAACAAUAUGUCAGAACUCAAUCAAUUUCAUAAAUACAUUGGAUUUAUCAAAAGAAAAUGAAAUAAUAGAUGGAAAAUUGAUAAUGGAUCAAUUGUUGAAUGAAUUGACUGAAACGAAAGAGCGAAAAACACUUCACCUGGAAACAUAUAAAAAAGUCCUUCAACAAGCUCUCAAGAAAUUCCGCUCGGAAAUUCGAUAUUCGAGAAAAUAUGUGGAUGAUAUGACGAGUUCGACGGCCAAAAAAAUUGAACUGCAGAAGAAUUUGAAUGCGGUGAAGGAGAGAUUUUAUGAGAUGAGAAGAUGUCGAUUUGGUAAGGGAAUAGUUUGGGGGAAUUUUUUUUCAAAUUAAAAAUUUCAAAUUCACAUUCUUAGGAAAAUGUCCUCAAAAAACCCAGACUUUAUCCAAUAAAAAACAUUUUUCAAAAAUAACCCAAAAAAAUAGGUUUCAAAAUUAUUAGAAUUUUUUUUUGGAUAUUAUUUUUUGUUUGGCAUUCGAAUUUCGUUAACAUAAAAAUCUUUCAUUUUUUCACAGAAAAACAUUUUUGAUGUUCUCUAGAAUUGUCUGAAAUUUAUGAUUAAAAAUUUAAUUUCCAAAAAAUACUUCGAGAAUUUUUAAUCAACAGCAAAAUUCCUUAAAAACCAUAGAUUUUUCCAGAAAAAUAUAUUUUCAAUUAAAAUUCAUAACGAUUUCUUUUCUUGGGAACAAAAACAAAGGAAAAAUAGGUUUCAAAAUUAUUUGAAUUUAUUUUCAGAUAUAAUUUGUUUUGGUUUCUGUAUCUCUUUUCUUCAAAAAACCUUUUUUGCAGACCCCGAAGUUGAAGUAAAUCUUCAAAUAAUUUCAAUGGUCCGAAUGUAUGGAGCGCUCAAAAUUUACAUGAAAAAUCAGGAAUUCGGAUCAAUUCGAUCACUUUUGAAACAAUUUGAAGCAGAAGCUGUAAUAAUGAAUGAAUCCACUUUUUGGAGACUUGCCCAGAAAAUUGCGGCGAAAAUUGAGGGAAAUCGAAAAGAAUUGAUUGGUUUACAUGUUAGAGCGAAUGGAUUUGUUGGAUGGGCAAGGAAUUUGCAUAUUGAUCGAAUUGAGGUACAACCGACGGAUACGGUCUUAGAGGAUGUUUUGUAAGUUUUUUUUUUAAGGAAGGGAGGGGAUAAAAAUCUGGGAAAUCUCAAUUUUCAAGUGAAAAAUUGCUCCCGUUGCUCUUUAUUGGUUCAUUUCGAUGUAUUAUACAAAUAUUGCUAUUUUCCAAAAUCUCAAUAUUAGUAUUUUUGAAACAGUGAGAAUUUGCAAAAAUUAAUUUUCACAUAAUUUUCAUUUUUGAAAUUCUUUGUAGUUUUCCAAUAAUAUCAAAUUUUGAAAAAAAAAAGAAUUAAACGAUCAAAAAUCAACCCUCAUCCGAAAAUAUCAGGAAAUCUUGAAACAGUAAAAAAAAUCUAAUUUUUGUUUUUCUAGGACUAAUUUUAGAACAUUGUAAUUUUCCAACAAAUUUCAAAAACAAAAAAGGAGGUUGAUCAAAAAUCCACCUUAUCCAAAAUUAUCAGAAAAUUUUGAAACAGUAAAAUUUUCCUACCCCUUAAUGUAAAAUUUAUAAAUCAUCCUUGAAUGGAUCAAGAAAAUGAUACUUUUUCAUGAUUUAUGAAUUUUUGAAACAGUAAAAAAUGUUGUUUGUUAGAGAGGGAAUUAGAAUCAAUCAUUGAAAAGAAUUCCGUAAUAUAAGAUUAUUUUGAAACAGUAAAAAAUUUCCAACAAAAAAGCCAUCUGUUGCACUUCUCCAACACAAAUAUUUAGUUAUUCAAUGAAUUUCUUAUUUUUUUUUCCUAAACACAUACAUUUUGCUCUUAUUUCAGACAGCUCAUGGAAGAAAAAGCAAAAGGAGCUCCAGAAUCAUCAGCAAUGAUUAUUUCGGAUCAUCGAAUGCUUCAAACGAUUUGUGAAAUUCAUCAGAAGUGAGUUUUUUGAGAAUGGGCGAAUUUGGGAAUUGAGUUAUGAUAACUUUUGUGCAUUUUUCCAGAAAAAAUCCAUCUUCGAAACAACACCAAUCUCAGGACGAUAAUUUUUGA